AUGUGUCCUCAAGAGCAACCUGAGCCUGAACAGGCGGACAAGAGUACUGAAAUUUCGAGUACUGAAACUUCCCCAAAUUCAUCCUCUACAGGGGGGCAGGUUACUGUUGGUUCAUUUUUUCCACCAUGGCCUACAUGGGAUUCACUAAAUCCAUUAGCCUGUGAAGAUCAUAAGGCCAUGUGUGACAAGGUUGAACGGCUUCAACAGCAAAUCAAAAUCGCAGAAAAAAAAGUAGGGUUCCUUCAGAGGGGGCAGUUACUCGCGGAGGAGCAGGCUCGUCAACGAGGCGAACUUCUCGAAAAUGCCAUGAAGGAAGCAAAAGUAGCCAGAAAAGAGAACCGAAUCCUCAUGACCAAGAUAGCAAGCCUACAAGCUGGGAUUGAAACUUUCUCCGACGAAGAAGCUAAGCGAGAGAUGUAUCUACUCUAUCAGGAUCUUACACAGUGGAGGUUUACUCAUUUCGCGGCAAAGCCAAAACCUCAACAAGAAAACCAUGCCACGCCAAGACCAGAUACCCUUGAUAUCUGGACAUUGGAUAUUAUUCAGACGGACAUUGCCAGGCUAAUUUAUUGGUUUUUUUGGAACCGAUUUAUGGUUGGAUCGGAUCACCUUUGGAGUAAUUAUCUUCGCAAGAUCGACUCCGAAAUAGAUAAACAAUUUUCCAAUCACAUUUCCCGGCACUGGAGAUGUGCGAUGAGCUCUGCCAUUUUAUCAUUGGAGGCCCCCGCUUUACAGGAACAGUGCAACUGGAUCAUCGAGAAGGUAGAAGCUUGCUUCGGUCGUUACGCUGUCACCGACAGACCUAAACGAAUGCAACAGCUACAUAGCAUCAUUACGCGCUGCAUCACGUUCAAACAUAAAUUGGAUUGUCAGGAAGACAGAUACAUCUUUUGGGGCAGUUACCAAUACGGAUUACCGUUCCACGAUGAGAAAAUGCGCACGCUCGCAGAGGAAGAUACCUCGGAUGGAUUCGUCCAGGCUAGCUUGUGGCCUGGUUUAUACAAAAUUGUUCAAAAUGGCGAAUGGUCUGUUGUUGAAAAGGAGAUUGUGAAAAAGAUUCCCCCGGUGACCCCUUCGGUUGAAAUGAGCGAUGAAGUGGAAUUCCACGAAGAUGACCAAGACUUGGAUGAGCUUUAA